CCGCCAGCCCGGGUCCUACCUGCGGCGGCCGUCGGGGGCGCGGAGCCCCCAGCGCUGCCGAGCCGCAUGAACAAUAGGCGGCGGCGGCUCCUGCGGGCGGCCGCCCCGCACCCUAUGGACCGGCCGCUCCAUGGAGUCCUCCAGAUCGUUUCUCGGCUGCUUGGCGAGCGCCGCUGCCGCCCCGCCGGGGGAGGAUGCCACGGGCACAGGGGCCGAGGAGGAGGAGGACGAGGAGGAGGCGGUGGCCACAGAGCUGGGCUCCCACGCCGCGCUGCCUUACUGGACGGCUGUAUUCGAGUACGAGGCGGCGGGCGAGGACGAGCUGACCCUGCGGCUAGGCGAUGUGGUAGAGGUGCUGUCCAAGGACUCGCAGGUAUCCGGCGACGAGGGCUGGUGGACCGGACAGCUGAACCAGCGGGUGGGCAUCUUCCCCAGCAACUACGUGACCCCGCGCAGCGCCUUCUCCAGCCGCUGCCAGCCCGGCGCCGAGGACCCCAGUUGCUACCCGCCCAUUCAGCUAUUAGAGAUUGAUUUUGCGGAGCUAACCCUGGAGGAGAUCAUCGGCAUUGGGGGUUUUGGGAAAGUUUAUCGUGCUUUCUGGGUAGGCGAUGAGGUCGCUGUGAAAGCAGCUCGCCAUGACCCCGAUGAGGACAUCAGCCAGACCAUAGAGAAUGUUCGCCAAGAAGCCAAGCUCUUUGCCAUGCUGAAGCACCCGAACAUCAUUGCCCUCAGAGGGGUGUGCUUGAAGGAACCCAACUUCUGCUUGGUCAUGGAAUUUGCUCGUGGAGGGCCUUUGAACAGAGUGUUAUCUGGGAAGAGGAUUCCCCCAGACAUCCUGGUGAACUGGGCUGUGCAGAUUGCCAGAGGGAUGAACUACCUACAUGAUGAGGCCAUCGUCCCCAUCAUUCACCGAGACCUUAAGUCCAGCAACAUAUUGAUCCUGCAGAAAGUGGAGAAUGGAGACCUGAGUAACAAGAUCCUGAAGAUCACUGACUUUGGGCUGGCUCGGGAAUGGCACCGGACCACCAAGAUGAGUGCGGCAGGGACAUACGCUUGGAUGGCACCUGAAGUCAUCCGUGCUUCCACGUUUUCCAAAGGCAGUGAUGUGUGGAGCUAUGGAGUGCUGCUUUGGGAGCUGCUGACUGGCGAGGUACCCUUCCGAGGCAUUGAUGGCUUAGCAGUGGCUUAUGGAGUGGCCAUGAACAAACUCGCCCUUCCUAUUCCUUCUACAUGUCCAGAACCUUUUGCCAAACUCAUGGAAGACUGCUGGAAUCCUGACCCCCACUCACGUCCAUCUUUUACGAGUAUCCUGGACCAACUCACGACCAUAGAAGAAUCUGGUUUCUUUGAGAUGCCCAAGGACUCCUUCCACUGCCUGCAGGAUGACUGGAAACAUGAGAUUCAGGAAAUGUUUGAUCAACUCAGGGCCAAAGAAAAGGAGCUCCGCACCUGGGAGGAGGAGCUGACACGGGCUGCGCUCCAGCAGAAGAACCAGGAGGAGCUGCUGCGCCGUAGGGAGCAGGAACUGGCGGAGCGGGAGAUUGACAUCCUAGAACGAGAGCUCAACAUCAUCAUCCACCAGCUGUGCCAGGAAAAGCCCAGGGUGAAGAAACGCAAGGGCAAGUUCAGGAAGAGCCGCCUGAAGCUCAAGGAUGGCAACCGCAUCAGCCUCCCCUCCGAUUUCCAGCACAAGUUCACGGUGCAGGCCUCCCCCACCAUGGAUAAAAGGAAGAGCCUCCUCAGCAGCCGAUCGAGCCCUCCUGCAAGCCCCACCAUCAUCCCGCGCCUUCGAGCCAUCCAGUUAACACCGGGUGACAGUAAUAAACCCUGGGCCCGGAGCUCAGUUGUUCCAAAAGAGGAAGGGGAGGAGGAGGAGAAGAGGGCCCCGAAGAAGAAGGGCCGGACGUGGGGACCAGGGACUCUUGGGCAGAAAGAGCUCACCUCAGGAGAUGAAGGAUCCCCUCAGAGACGGGAGAAAUCUAAUGGCUUAAGCACCCCGUCCGAGUCUCCACACUUCCACUUGGGCCUCAAGUCCCUGGUAGAUGGAUACAAACAAUGGUCAUCCAGUGCCCCCAACCUGGGAAAGGGCCCCAGGAGUAGUCCUGCCCUGCCUGGGUUUACCAGCCUUAUGGAGAUAGAGGAUGAAGAUGGUGAAGGCCCAGGAAGUGGAGAGAGUCAUCUACAGCAUUCGCCCAACCAGUCCUACCUCUGUAUCCCAUUUCCUCGUGGAGAGGAUGGGGAUGGCCCCUCCAGUGAUGGAGUUCAUGAGGAGCCCACCCCAGUCAACUCAGCCACCAGUACCCCUCAGCUGACGCCAACCAACAGCCUCAAGCGUAGUGGGACCCACCACCGGCGCUGCGAAGCGGCUCUGCUUGGCUGUGGAGCUGUCCUGGCCGCCACAGGUCUAGGGUUUGACUUGCUGGAAGCUGGUAAGUGCCAAUUGCUUCCGCCAGAGGAGCCUGAGCCACCAGCCCGGGAAGAGAAGAAGAGGCGUGAGGGUCUUUUCCAGAGGGCCAGCCGCCCUCGUCGGAGUACCAGCCCCCCCUCCCGAAAGCUCUUCAAGAAGGAGGAGCCGACGAUGUUGCUAGGAGACCCCUCUGCCUCCCUGACACUGCUCUCUCUCUCCUCCAUCUCCGAAUGCAACUCUACCCGCUCGCUGCUGCGCUCUGACAGUGAUGAGAUCGUAGUGUACGAAAUGCCCGUCAGCCCAGUUGAAGCUCCACCCCUCACCUCGUGCACCCACAACCCUCUGGUUAAUGUCCGAGUGGAAAGCUUCAAGCGAGACCCCAAUCAGUCCCUGACUCCCACCCAUGUCACCCUCACAGCCCCCACGCAGCCCAGUAGCCACAGGCGGACUCCUUCUGAUGGGGCACUUAAGCCCACAGGGGCCCCUCCAGCACUGUCAAGCCGGAGCCCCUCCAGCAAUGGGAUGAGCCCCAGUCCUGGGACAGGAAUGUUGAAAACUCCCAGUCCCAGCCGAGACCCAGGUGAAUUUCCCCGUCUCCCUGACCCCAAUGUGGUCUUUCCUCCAACUCCAAGGCGCUGGAACACACAACGGGACUCCACUUUAGAGAGACCCAAGACCCUGGAGUUCCUGCCUCGGCCACGUCCUUCUGCCAACCGGCAACGGCUGGACCCUUGGUGGUUUGUGUCCCCCAGCCAUGCCCGCAGCGCCUCCCCAGCCAACAGCUCCAGCACAGAGACUCCCAGCAACCUGGACUCCUGCUUCGCCAGCAGCAGCAGCACUGUAGAAGAGCGGCCUGGACUGCCAGCCCUGCUCCCUUUACAGGCGGGGCCGCUGCCCCCUGCUGAGCGGACGCUUCUGGAUCUGGACGCAGAGGGGCAGAGCCAGGAUAGCACUGUGCCUCUGUGCAGAGCCGAACUGAACGCACACGGGCCUUCCCCUUUUGAGAUCCAGCAGGAGUUCUGGUCUUAGUGUAAAAAGGGUCAGGGUGGGCAAGGGGGAAGCCGGAGGAGAUGGAGGGAGCUGGCUGGCACAGCCCUGUCUCGGUGAGGCCCCCUGGGAUCCAGACCUCCUCCUUGCACUGCGAAUGCACUUUGAAGAUGGAAGGGAUGGGAGCAGGGCCAGCCACUUCAGAGGGUCUCCUGCCCUGUAGGAUCUUUUCUCCAUGUUCACUGGGGUGGGGGGUUGUGUCAGCUCUGGCUAUGUAGGAGAGGGAGGACUUGUCCCCACCCUCUGGUCUUCCUCACCUUUAGGGUGACACUGCAGAGUCACUUAGCCAAAUCUGUCCACUGCCUCUUCUCCUCAGCCAGAGCUGUCCUGGAGUCCCUUUGUCAACCCUGAGUUCCACUGUCCAUGUACCAGUACUGAUGUUCUGUGACUGAUUUGGUGUAUCUUCUGCUCUUCCUGUGACUUGGUGUCUCCUGUGGUAUGCAAUGAAUGUCUUGUGUCCUAAGUCUUCUUGUGCUAGCUACUGGGGACAGGUUGGCCUAUGGGGUCCAGAGGGCUUGGCAGACCUGGUACUGCCUACCUGUGUAAACCUCAGUGUGAACCGAGAGUACAGGGAGGGAGGAGAGAGGAGGCAGUCGGGAAGCAGUCAGGUUGGGUGGGAAGGGUGCCAGAGACACUCCUUGGUUUGCGUUUUAGAAACAAAGGCAGAAAUCAACACCUGUUGAAUGGCUCCAUCUACCCCCUUGGGUUCAGGCCACGGCGACACCAGGUUUGAGUCUAAGCAUAUUCAUCUCAGGAAUAGCUGUUUGGGAGGCAUACUCACUGAUGCCAGGUCUGAGGUCAGACAAAGCGCCUACAUGUACCUUUGGGACUCUGUUCUUUCCUCCAGUUCCUGGAAUGAGUGGCCUUUAGGUCAUAUGUGUCAGGGUAACAUAUGGGAGUGGGUGCUGGACCUUAGGGUGUGGAACUGUGGGGAUUUCUUCAUCGGACUCGUGCGUCUUGUGAUGCCCUUGCGGUAAAUGGAACCCUUAGUAAUAACCUUUGGGUGUAUGGAGGCAGUAGCGUGAUUCAGUUCUUCAGGUGCUUAGUGGUCUGUUGAUGGGCACUGACCGAGGCCACCUCUGUCUCAGUGCAUAGACAGCCCUUGUGCUGGGCCCUGCACUGUGAGCUGGACCCCCAGACCAGCCAGAGAGGCUAGUGCUGCCUUGUUUGGUAUUCGUUUCUUGAACUUGAAUACUGAGCUUCAUCUAAAGCUUUCUCACGUAUUUUCUCCACUGUCGGCUUCCUCUGAGUCCCUGUGUCGUAUGUGCACCAUGGCCCCUAUGUGACAGUAGCAGUCAGUCCCCAGUGGUGUGGGAGUCAGUCUGCAUGCUCCUCAUAUUUGCUGCCUGGAUGCCCAGAGGGGUUAGAGUGGUGUGCAUGGUACAGGUGACAGACUUCUCUGAAACUGAUAGGAACCCUGCCCUGGAAGCACUUGAGAGAUGACGUUGGUUUCCACAAGCUCUUUAUGAGCCCGUUUGUCCUUUGGCUUGACCCUGCCACCCCCUAGGCCCCGACAGGGAAGUGGAGCUGCUGAUACCAGCCAGGGUCUUGGUGUAGUAUCUCAUCUUUCCCCUUGGUCCCGUGAAAUGAGAAUAGAAGUGAUUACUCUUGUCCCUGUACCCUGACCGUUCAGAUCGGAGACAAGAGCUUGCGAGCCCUCUCGGUAGUCCCAACCAACCUAGUGAUGACGCUUCAUUCUUGAGGAGUAGAUAGUCUGUUGUGUACCCCUCCCCCCCCCCCCCCCGUUCCUAAGCCACAGUGUACACGUAUGCACACCGCAGCUGCACCGAGGCUUUGGGGGAGGCUGCAGCUGGCUCCAGCUGUAGGCACGGACUUUUCCUGUCCGUGUUUGAUUGUGGCCAUCUUUCUGGGAAGAUGUAGUGUUACAGGUGCAGUGUCCACCGUGGGACAACCACCUGCCAUUGAGCGGCAGGUGUAAUCUGGUUCUUGUGUCCACCCAGCGUUCAGAGAGAGGAAGGCCUUGCCAAAGAAAUGAUUGUACCUGAGAGAAGAGGAAGCAGGGCUGUGAGCAUGCGUUGAAACGGGGGGAUUUCCGGUUCUGGUCCUCCAAACCUGUGUGGUGCCGGGCUGGGAUACAUGCUAAGGAAGUCGCAGGUUGUGUGACUUAGGUGCCUUCCACCUGUGUCGCGGUUGGGAGCAGGCCUGGUGGCUGUGAACAAGCCCAGUGGAGUAGCAGCUUCUCCCUUUUCUUCCCUCAAAGACCGGCUUUCUGCUUAGUGUGGGGUUUGUUCUCCUGGAGCUGCUAACAGCAUCGGGACCGCUCUUUGCUGUGUCUCCUUGGGUCUUCAGUUCCCAGGACUUAUCUUUGCGGAAUCCCUAUGGUUAGGAACUGAGUAGAUGUCUCCAUCAUCCUUACGGCUGUUUCUAGAAGCUGUGGUGGAUGCUCUUAGCGUGGCGUUCUCCGAUAUCCCUGUGAUUUGGUAGGCAUCGUAACAAUAGCCCACAUUUGGACAACUGAGAACAGGGCUAGCUUUUCCUUCUUUACAGAAUGAUGUCAUUUUCCUUCACGUUCGACACGCUUGUCUCAAAGACGGACAGGCAGGCAGGCAGACGGACAGGCAGGCAGGCAGACAGACAGACAGACACUGUUUGGAUGAUUGAGUCUGGCUACCAGGCUCUGAGGCAGUACAAGUUGGUCCUAGUCCUCUGUUCUGCUUUUCUUGCAUGGCUUCGGUCCUGGGUCUUGACCCCUCUCAGGUUUCCUUGUAAAAAACCUUCCUCAUAUACUUCCCUUUCGAGGUCAGUGAAAUGCUGUGGCUCCCUGCCAACUCCAGGGGCAGCUUCUUCCCUUGCAGGAUGAGCGUGCUGAAGCUGACAGUGUGGUUCUCAACACCUUUGCCUCAGGGCAUUUGCCUUAGUUUUAUCCUUUGGCUUCUGGAAGAGGAGUGAUUUGGGGUUGGCCUAAGAUAACUAAUGGGCACCCAGGCCAGGCAUAUGCUUUUCUACCACAUUACAUAGUCCAGGUGACAACAGCAGCAUUUAUUUUCUAAUUCCCUCCCUCACUUAACCUGGUCAGCGGGUGUCCUUACCAUUUGUAAACGUUUUGUUGAGGAAAUGGGAGCUUGGUGACAGCGUCUGAAUGGCAGUUUGCUGUCCCUGCUUUCUGAGGAUCAUCCCUAGGGUCAGAUUUGAUAAGAGUUUGAAAUCAGGCCAAUUCUGGAAGAAUCUUUGGGAAAGGGGCCGCUAGCCCAUGGGACAUCAUUGCCAAAGUAUGAUGCGCCCCCACCCCCACAGAGUCCCUUUACCCUCAGGGUGUUUGUUGCUCAGGGACACAAGACAUUGCAGACUGUCUACUGUCUACACCUCGCCCUUACUUCAUAUUUUUGCCUUCAUGUUGUAGACAUUUUUUGCCCCAUCAGAAGGGCCACCUACCCACACCCAUCCACACCCAUGGCUGGGUCUCCCACACGCUAGGCAAAGACCUACCAAUAUCAAGCUUACUUGGGCCCUGAAGGCUGGGUGACUGUGAGUAGACACCUCAGGCUAUAAGUGUCCAUCUGUCCAUUGGUACGCCACCAUGGAUGCAGAACCCUUUUUUGAUCACCUGUUUAUUUGAUCAUGUGUCUUUGGGUUGGUGUGUGAGGAAUGGCACAGUCUGACUGGGUCAGAAGCACAUAUCUCAUUGCCUUCAGAAGGCCUGGGAGGAGAGGCAGGUCCUACUUGUUGGGGAAGUGCUGAACUUUUCCUAAGGGUUUGUGCAGACUGGAUUCAGUGGCAGAGGUAAGAGUUGCCCUCAGGGAGCUAUGGGUGGCAAGAACCUGGCAGCUUAAGGUGUCCGUUUUCAAGUUGCAAAUUUGCCAAUAUCUGGCCCUCAGGAGCCCUCCUGUGAGCUGGGGGUAAUGCUCACUUUUCCUGUUUAAAACCCUUCUAACCUUCAAGGCUACCGUCUUAGCUAGGUUCAGCGAUGCAUUCUUGGAAAUCUAACUACUUAGGAGACCGAAGCAGGACAGUUGCUUCAGUCCCAGAUGUGGUGUCAGUCUUGGGCAACAUAACAAGACCCUGUCUCUUCAGUGUGUGGAGCCCCAAGUCUCCACCAUGAAGAUUGUUUCCCUUGGUGGAGAACAGUGUGGAUGUACAGACGAUUGGAGGUCAAAGGCCAAUACUGGCCAUUUCAUGGGGCUCAGUCAUGUGUCACUUGUCAUUGUCCUCUCCUGAGAAUAACUCCUUGUCAGGAUGCAGUGGCUGUUGGGAACGCAUUUCUAGAUGGCAGAGCAUUAUGUUCCUGGUUCACAAAUCGCAGUGAGAUCUGCACGUACCAGGAGAAAGGCCUUUCUCCUUGCACUCUUCCUGGUGUUGCUGCUUGGACUCUCAACAUCUCCGGUACUGAGCUGAAGGGCAGGAACCAGGAAGGGGAAUCUUGUUUGAUUAAGGCUAGUUAAUGCAGGCCUAACUCGUCUACCCCAGACCUAGUUCCUGGCUGGCUCUGCAGACCGGGUGAGUUUCUUUUCCUUUUUCAUGAACUGUUUCCGGGUAUUCCCAUUCAUUGCCUUCUCUGUCCAUUUCUGGUCGUGGACCCUGGAGGCACCCGGGGCUCCCUAAGCUGCUGGAGAAGCUCUAGGCUGCCUUUUCAGAAUACUGGGUUCUCCUGAGCUCUGCCCUGGGACUGACUGCUCCUUCUUGCUUUCUUAUUGCCUCAGUCCCUGCCUUCCCUGGAGUCUUGUGUUGGAAAGAGAAGAUCCUGGGGAUUGGGGAAGUUGUCUGAGCUCCAUGUUGCUCUAGUUACCUUGCCCUCACUUCCCUUCUGAUUGCUCUGACACGCCCUUUAAUAUCAGGUGUGAACAUGACAGCUCGAUGGUGUCUCUGGGUGAGAAAUUCUAAUACGAAUCUAGGGUUCAAAGACCAGUCUUUCUUUCUGGGACAGGAAAGGCGGUAGCCCUACUCAGAGGUCAGAAUGGCUGUAAAGGAAGCCCUGACAUGUGAACACACCAUGGAAGUGAUACAUGGAAACUCAAGACCAGGUUUCAAGAGUCCUGCGUUACCCUCAUUCCUGAAAUCUUUCACACCUUGCUUCCUGCACAAGCAGCCAUAUGGCUGAGCACUGACCACGUCGUGGAUGGUUUUAUUAAUUUUGGUAUAGAAAAUUAUAUUGAAGUAUGGUUUAGCCUUUGAUUACUGCUUUUUUUUAAAAAAAUUAUUAUUUUUGACAUCCCCUUGAAAUUUGUAUCCAACACAAGUGCCUGGUUUGGGCCCUGCUUGCCUGUCUCCUGGAUCUCCAGAUAGGACUGUGGCGUUUGACAUAGGUUGUAUAUUGUGUUCUCGUUACCACCCCACACAGCACGUUCUGUGUCAUCCCCUGGGAGCGCUUGCAUUCAAAUACAAUGGUGAGACACCUAGUUCUUACAGUUGGCACUGUAGCUGGGUGACUUUGCCUUCCUUCCUGUUCUGGCUGCCUUUCGGGCUCUUGGAAGCCACUUUCUGGAUGCUAGUGUGUUCCAGAAGGAAAGUGAUCAUGCAGAGAGAAGCCUGUACAUUCUUUACCUUCUCUGGGAAUUCUAGAAGUGAAUAGACAAAACUCUUUCACCCAAGAUCUCAGAAGGGAGUGAAUGGAGGCUUUUCUGUUGCUCCCCCCCCCACGUUAAGUUUUGCAGUCUCUUCCCCUACCCAGCAAGCCUUCUAAUAGUUCCUUCACGCCCUACCAGUGUCGGCUUCACUGCCAUUAUUACCCUCCUCCAUCGUCAUUUCACUCAUGACAUUUAUUCUACCUCCAGUUUGAAGGCCACGUCUGCUAUGGCUUUUAUUUUUUAUUUUUAUUAGUAGUAUUACUUUGGACAGGAUCUCAUAUGGCCCAGACAGGCUUUAAACUUGCCAUAUAGCCCAGGAUGACCUUGUAUUUCUGGUCCUUCUGCCUCCACUUGCUAAUUGCUAAGAUGACAGACAUAUAACAUUGUUUUCUUCAUUACUGUCAGAAUGAGACAUGGGUUUAUCCUGGCCCAGAUAUGGAGUUGAAUGAUAAAUCUUAAGGAACCACUAAAUCUUCCACGUAGGAGGCUGGACAAAUAUGCAGACAUUUUGUGAUUUCUUACAGUACUUCCCCGAAUUGGUGGGUAUUGCCUACAUCCAAGAAUGUGUGAGCAGACACGGGGUGUUCAUACUGCUUGCCUGAAUCACAGAGCUGAGAAGCGAGUCACUGCUCUGCUCUGUUUAAGAUAUGAAUUUAGUCUGUGGGUGCCUUUCUAGACCACUGUGGAAAAGCCUUGAGAUGACAUUAGCCCGGUUUGGACCGUGGAGGUUCUGGAAUUACCCUCUUCCUACGGAGUUGUGUCCCCUGGCUGACCUGUGAUAUCCCCAGAGCUCAGCAAACUUCAUUUUUUGCUGAUGGUGGCUCUUUCUCCUUCUCAGUUCUGCAGGGAUUCUGAGCUCACUGGGAUGUCUGGAUCUCCCUUCCCUCCCAGCAUCACUGAAGGCUCUGUCUCUUUCCUGUUUCCAGCUCAGAGUUUCCCUGAUGUUGCUCCUCACUGUAGUUCCGCUCCCCUUUGUUUUCAAUUCUUUGAAUUUGGAAGCUUAUUCCAGCUCCUGUCUUCUAGGGAGGGAUGCUGUGGCCCCUCUGUCACCAUGAGCCUUGGUCCCAGCUGCAGCAAAGCAGGGAGGUGGUGAACCCACGAAUGUUCUGCUUCCCCUGUCCCCCAUCUGUCUCACUUGUUCAUAACUACAGCGCCACAGACAGCGUCUGAGGCUGAUGGAGGGCAGGUGUGGGGGCAAAGGCCUCAAGGUUGCAGGAGAGGCAUUGGUUGGGCUCUGGUUUUCUGAAAAAGUUUUCUUGGGGCUUUCUCCCUUAGGACCCUUGAGUCUAGAAAGUAAAGUGAAAGCUCUGUUUGUUUCGUCCUCCAAUAUCUAACUACAAAUUUCCUAUGCCGGUUUCUUCCCUUCUCUGUGUAUCCUGAGUCCCUCCUUGAGUUCCUAUUUCCUUUGGAAUUUAAAUUAUUGUGUGUUGUCAGAAAUAUUUAAAGAGGGAAAUGUCCUGAAGGAAGCGUAUUAUCAGGUUCUUUCCUCUGGCUUUUUCUUUUCAUUUCUUUCAAGGUACUGUACAUUGUUAACGAGGGAUGCCAAGCAGGCUUGGUUCAGUGGCCAAGCCUCCCACUGUAUUACAGUGUAAUGCUGAUCUUGGCCUGGUCCCAACACCAGGGCUCUCAGAGACUUGAAUAAAACUGUCAUAAUGGUUA